AAUACACUAACAGUUCAUUAUGAUGUUCGAGCUCCUUCUAUUUUAUUUUUCACUUUUUUCUGUGUUAUUUUUUUAAUAAGACUUCACUUUUAAACUAUUUAUUGCACUUAUUAGAUAAGCAAUUAUAGAUGAAAUACUGUUUGGGGGUUGUUAACUGUUAACUUCGCUAGCUAUAAAAAGCAUCACAUUUUCUUUCUUGCUGAUUUCAUACAUCUAUUUCCACCUUUCUGUUUAUCGUUCACUCCUUUUCCUGUUGUCUUAGCUAUUUUGGUUUUGUCAAAAGUCCAAACUCAGGCUCUGCUGGCUGAAUAGAAUGGAUUACGCCAAGAAGUCUCUCAAUCUGUUCUCACCUUCUCUCUCCAACAUAUCUACCAGAUGUGUAGCAGCCAGUGCAUCUGUCCUGCCCAGUUUUAACCCGCGCCCCAGACCGUUCCGUGUCACCAACUCAGACCGCUCUGUAAAAAAAGGCAUUAUGGCAGAUGGACUGAGAGACUUAAUGAACAAGACAAUGGAUGCGUUCAGUGUGUCGUGCAUAGCAGGCCUGGUGCUGGAAGAAGAUGGGACAGGAAUAGACACAGAGGACUUCUUCCAGACCCUCAAGGACAGCACUAGGCUAAUGGUCUUGGAGAAAGGACAGAAGUGGAUGCCUCCGCAGAGUGGUAAAUCAUGGGGUCAAGCUGCAGAGCGCAGGACACAGCAUAGGAAGGACCUGGCCAAACUGACCCUUGACUUUUACAAAAACCAUCCAAAGGAAUUCAUUGGCUGCCUGAAUGUACAGAUGACUCUCUAUGGGAUGUACUCUUUGUCAUAUGACCUGCAGUGCUACCAUGCCAAGAGGAUGUUGAGGGAGGCUCUACGAUGGACUCUGUUCAGCAUGCAGGCCACUGGCCAUGUUCUACUGGGUACUUCAUACUAUAUGCAACAUCUUAUUGAUGAGGAUGAGAAAGCUGAGGCACAACUGACUGCUUGCCAAAACACAAACAAACCAUUACAGGCCAUUCAGUGGAAGAAAACUGCAGCUGACCACAAAAACUAGAAACUAGAAACCUGGGAGUUUGAAAGCUUUGUUUUUGACGAAUCAAAUGGCCUGGAAACCCUUGUACCGUCAUGUUACCUAUGUUAUUGGACUGUAUGUUACUGGACUAUAAUCACAGAACCAUACAUGCCAUACUUUCUUUCAAAAGAAGGGUCUUUGGAUUUAACCAGGAAUCCAUUGUACCUGGUAUAUUUUGCUAUUUGCACAUGUCUGUUUAACAAUGGAAUUAUUCAUAUUUAUUCAUAUUUCUAACUGCUAAGAAUUACUUACAUUUUGUAUUGAUAUUGAUUGUUGUGCCUAUUGUAUUAUUUCCAUGAACUUGAAUUAAAUAUUGAGUUUUAAAGCUUC